AUGGCCUCAUCUUCGAGUGCACCAUAUACCCCACCCAAUCAUCGCCCACCUGCAUCCAUCACUGAGCUCGCAGAGCGAGCUAAAGCUAGCGUGUGGGACCCUGACAAGCCGCUCAAGCAUUGGCUGCGCACAGCUGAAGGAGCAAGGGCCGCUGGCAAGACUUACACAGAACGAGGAGACUUGGAGAAUGCCUUUCUUGAACUAGCCAAAGCUGCGACAAUCGUGCUAGAGAAGAUGCCAACGCACAAAGACUACAAGGUCCUUCUGAGCUCGACACAGCGGCAUAAUAUGGGCCAGCAUGGCCAGAAGAUACUCGACGAUCUCGCCAACAUCAAGAAAGCGCUAAUCGAGCAGUACGAGAAUUGGACAGCGACUCACCCAGCGUCGUCUUCCUCAGCACAACCGUCACCGUACCACCCGACGACACCGGGCUCGUCGCUAUCCGCAGGCAUCACAUCCCGAAACAGCUAUGCAGACGCUUCGCCACGUUCGAUUCUCACUGGGUCGUCAUCAGCCUCUACACAAUCGAGUGUUCGAAGUCGAGGCUCCACGGCGCCAACAUCAGCACCCGGGCGUGGACCGAGAACCCCAUCUCCAUACCGUCAGGGCAUGGAGGACGAUGAAACUGCUAGGCGGGCCAGGGAGGAUGCGAUCAGGAGAGACUCGGAGCGAAGACGUGAAGAGAAUCGCGCUCAGCCUGGGUCCGGACCGGCCUCGGCACCCCCGAGGAGGAAUUAUCAAGAGGAUUGGGCACUCGCUGAAAAAAUGCGAAUAGAUGCCGAGAGGGAGGAGGCAGAGCGGAAGAGGGAAGAGGAGGCGAGAAGAAGGAUAGAGGACAUGCGAAUAACAACGGCGGAACAGAGAAGACAGGAGACAGAAGGCAUUACGAGGCGCCAGCAGGAGUCGGAGGCUGCCGCACGUGCUGUAAGAGGCCAGGAUCCCGCUAUGCCGCAGCCUGCUAUUGCGCUUGCUAUGCCUGCUGCGGCGCGCGCGAGCUCGUCCGCAGCGACGUCACCUUUUCUUGCAGAAAGCGGUGAGCCAAGCAACGGGUUUUUGCAAAUGCCACUCGAGAGUCCGACAAGGGGAGAUCCAGCGCCGAGGCCUUCUCGAACGCCCGUUUUGCCUCCGAUGACUACCACCUCUCCUCCCCCGCGCGCAGGAAUCCAAUACCCUUCGCUCAUGUCCCAACACCAGAUGAAACAAGGAUAUACCCCUUCACUUGGAUCGAUGUUUCAUCAACCUGCGAUGCAGAACACUCAGCGGAGUUCGUCCGGCUUACUUCUAUUUCCAUCGGAGCCCUCUUCGUCUUCGGGAUUAUACUCCAACAUACUUCCUAGACCAUCCAUGCCGACGCCCUCUCCUGGCUUGUCGUAUGGAGAGCCAUCCAACCCACAGAGCCAUCGGCAUGGUCCAUCGUCGUCUGGCCGGCCCCCACCACUCCCGCCGAAAGAGCCAUACGCACCAAGCCAUUCCCACUCUUCCAGUCUUAACCCUCAUCAACAGCGAAGCGAGUCAUCUCGCAUUCAACCGGGCACCGCCGACCCUGUUAAUCGCGACUUGAAAGUGGUCAGUUUCCCGCGCGACUGUCUCAAUCGCUUCCUGUCCAUCGCAGCUAUCAACACAUCGAGGAACAGGGAAACAUGUGGACUGCUGCUUGGAAAAGACAAGGGGAGUAGGUAUCUGGUGACCACGUUGCUCAUACCGAAGCAGCAUUCGACGAGCGAUACGUGCACAAUGGACGAGGAGGAGCUCGUCAUGCAGUUCACGGAGGAGCGGUCGCUGAUCACUUUGGGCUGGAUUCACACGCAUCCGACACAAUCAUGUUUCAUGUCCUCCGUCGAUCUCCACACACAUAGCGGUUUUCAGCGGAUGCUGCCUGAAUCGUUCGCAGUAGUCUGCGCGCCUAAGUCUACGCCAAACUUUGGCAUCUUCCGUUUGACGGACCCACCCGGUUUGCAGACAAUUUUGGACUGCAAGGCGAAGGAGGCGUUUCACCCCCAUCCGAGUUGUCCGAUAUACACUGAUGCGGAUAAAGGACAUGUGCAGAUAAAGGAUCUAGCAUUGGAGAUUGUCGAUCUGCGAUGA